CCGCACCAACGAGUUGGAUGAGGGAGAGCGCCGAUUGACAGGCAUUGCUAGUCGAAAGCCGAGUAGAGAGCUUUGCCAUUGGUUGGUAGCCUGCUUCUGCGCACUAACCUCCUUUCCUUCCCUCGUUCCUCCAGUCGUGCUCGGUCGCCUCCUUCUCUGUGUCAGUCCGUCAGUCAUGGAGCGGCUGCUAGCAGCCGCAGCAGUAGGAAGAGCAACCACCCCACCAGCAGUAGAAGCCCAGGACGUCCAAGCCUUAACAGGAGCGCGAGCAACGAGAAAAGGCUGCGCGCGCCGGGCUCCGCGGUAGCAGCAGCGACGUCUCGCGCCACUGGGCGCAGUGAUUGACGGCGCGAGCAAGCCCAGGAAUUCUGUCUCGUGCCUGCAGUAGGAGUCACACACAGCCUCUCGCUCUCACUCUUCUCCCCGCCUGCGAUGCUCCAGUCAUGAAACGUGUACGCUCAGAACAGAUUCAGAUGGCAGUUUCCUGCUACCUCAAGCGCCGGCAGUAUAUAGACUCAGAAGGCCCUCCAAAACAAGGACUGCGCCUCUGCCAGUCUGCAGAAGAAAUGGCAGCUAAUCUAACAGUUCAAUCGGAAUCAGGUUGUGCCAACAUUGUCUCUGCAGCACCUUGCCUAGCAGAGCCACAACAAUAUGAAGUACAAUUUGGGCGACUGCGCAGCUUUCUUACAGAAUCAGAUUCUCAGCAUAGCCAUGAAGUGAUGCCUCUCCUAUAUCCCCUUUUUGUCUACCUCCAUCUCAACAUGGUCCAAAAUGGCCUAAAGAGCACAGUGGACAGUUUCUAUAGUCGCUUCCAUGGUAUGUUCUUGCAGAAUGUCAGCCAGAAGGAUAUCAUUGAGCAGUUACAGACCACCUUAACUAUUCAGGAUGUCCUCUCCAACUUCAAACUCCGGGCAUUUUUGGACAACAAGUAUGUUGUCCACCUUCAAGAAGACAGCUACAACUUCCUCCUUCGCUACCUCCAAAGUGACAACAACAGUGCUCUUUGCAAAGUUCUCUCCUUGCACAUUCACUUGGAUGUGCAGCCAGCCAAGAGGAUGGACUACCAGCUGUAUGCUAGUGGUGGUUCAUCACGCAGUGAAAGCAACGGCCUGGAGCCUGCUGACAUGCCUGCUUCCAUCCUGCAGAAUGAGGCAGCCUUGGACAUACUGCAGGACAGCAUCAAAAGAGUCAAAGAUGGGCCUCCUUCACUCACCACCAUAUGCUUCUAUGCAUUCUAUAACACCGAGCAGUUGCUAAACACAGCAGAGAUCUCACCAGACAGCAAGCUGCUUGCUGCUGGCUUUGAUAAUUCAUGUGUGAAGCUAUGGAGCUUGCGGUCCAAGAAGCUGAAAUCUGAGCCUCACCUUGUAGAUGUGUCUCGAAUCCGUCUGGCUUGUGACAUCAUGGAUGAGGAGGAUGAAGAUGAUGAUAAUGUGGGCACAGAACUGAAGAUACUCAGAGGGCACUGUGGACCGGUGUAUAGCACAAAGUUCUUGUCAGAUAGUUCAGGACUUUUGUCCUGUUCUGAAGACACAUCCAUCAGAUACUGGGACCUUGGAUGUUUUACAAACACUGUAUUGUACCAAGGACAUGCCUACCCUAUCUGGGAUUUGGACAUCAGUCCCUGCAGCUUAUAUUUUGCCAGUGGUUCCCAUGACCGCACAGCUAGACUCUGGUCAUUUGAUCGGACGUACCCACUGCGGAUAUAUGCAGGCCAUUUGGCAGACGUGGACUGCAUUAAGUUUCACCCCAAUUCUAACUACUUGGCAACAGGAUCCACGGACAAAACAGUACGUCUGUGGAGUACCCAGCAAGGAAACACCGUACGGUUGUUCACAGGUCACCGUGGCCCUGUGCUGUCACUUGCAUUUUCUCCGAAUGGUAAGUAUUUGGCUUCUGCAGGUGAAGACCAGCGGUUAAAGCUGUGGGACUUGGCCUCUGGCAUUCUUUACAAAGAACUGAGAGGACACACAGAUAAUAUCACCAGCCUUACUUUCAGUCCAGACAGUAGCUUGAUUGCUUCUGCAUCAAUGGACAACUCUGUUCGUGUUUGGGACAUUCGGAACUCUUAUUGCAAUGCCCCCAUAGAUGGCUCCUCCAGUGAGCUAGUUGGUGUAUAUACUGGACAGAUGAAUAAUGUACUAAGUGUACAGUUCAUGGCCUGUAACCUCCUUUUAGUGACUGGAAUUGCACAAGAAAAUCAAGAACAUUAACUUUUUUUGUAAGGGGGGGUUAUUAAAAGCCAGAGUCUAUUAUAAACUGAGAUUAUAUAUAAUUGACUGUGAAAAAUGUCUAUCUCUCUCCCAUUGGUGGGUGUGUCCAGAAUGAUGGAAAUACUGUACUUGAAGAUAUUUUGCAUUGUUACAAAAAGUCAGAGAAGGGAGGCCAAUAGAAUUAUAUUGUCGUUGUAUGUUAGUAGUGCAAGGGCAGGAAGCAAUGGGGGGAAGCCAAUAACCCAGAAUAUUACACUAUAAGGGAUAGCCCCAAACCUGGUCUAAACUACCAGAUCAUCAGCUUGGCAUUUGCACUUUGCAUAUGCACUUAAAUAUAUUCCAUUAUGGGCACAUCCUUCUUUCUGCUAGCAGAAGCUGGUGAGAGUAUGUCUAUAUCAACUGUUCAGCUUAGUUGACUAUUUCCCCACUGACUUUUCUGUGGGACCAGAAUCUGUGUCAUCUUAUUGGUUAUUCUAAGGGUGUUCCCAAAAAUAAAUGAUAUUACAAUAAUGUUUAGAAUAAUGUUGGGGCAGGCUUCCAGCUUGCUUUCAAUUCUUUAAUUAUAAAAAGGCGAUUUGAAUGUGACCAUAGCCUAUCUCUGUGAAGAGAUACAAUUUGGAUUUGAUUAUUAAUGCUGGCUAUAAUAUUUGUAGCUGUUGAUAGAUGGGAAGUUUGGGAUUUUUCCAAAUCUGGUUGCACUGUGACAGUAAUACAAAAUAGUAGAUGAUUAACCUGGAAGAAAGAAAUAGCUCUCUUGUUGAACUGAGCUUAAAAAAAAACACCUGAGUUUAUAAAAGCAUGUUUGGACUCUGAAUAGAAAAGGGCACAGUUUACCUCACCAGAAAUACUGUCUGCAAAUGAUAAAUGUGCCCAGAAGAUGGGGGGGGGGGGGAAUGUUUCUAAAUUAUUGUGAAAAGGUAUGGGUCUGCCAAUUUCUGAUGUUUUCCACUGAAUAAUGAAAUAUGUUUCAUGAAUUGUUCAUUCAAGAGUGUGAGCAUGCAAAAUGAAAGGGCUGGGGGUGGGUGGGGAAAGCAAACUUUAAUUUUGUCAUUUAUAGAGAAGAUUGAAUAUUUCUGCUUUCAGGAAAGAGAUUUUGUAUUUUUGUUUUUCUAUUAAAGCAUUUAGUUUAAAGGAA